AUGUCACCAUACCAACUAGUAUUUGGCAAGGCUUGCCACUUGCUAGUUGAGCUGGAGCAUAGAGCCUUCUGGGCUCUAAAACUACUAAAUGUUGAUGAGCAAGCUGCAGGAGAAAAGAGGCUAAGGAACCUCAACGAGCUGGAAGAAUUUAGGAACCAAGCAUAUGAAAAUUCAAAGAUCUAUAAAGAGAACACAAAAAGAUGGCAUGAUCAAAAGAUAGCAAAGAGGGAGUUCACUGAAGGACAAAAGGUGUUAUUGUACAAUUCUAGACUUAGGUUCUUCCCUGGGAAGCUUAAGUCUAGAUGA